AUGCUUGGGAUUGGGGUUAAAAGAGAUAGGGUUCAACACUUGUGGCUAUUCAUCUUCCCUGUGAGAUGCAAGAUUUUCAACCUCUCUUCUUCUUUUGAGGAUCAAUGUCACGGCCUCCUUCUUCUCAUCUCAGAUUUCUGCCGCUGCGAUUCAUCCAUCUCCGCCGUCUGCCUUGCUUCCUCUUCCGAUUCACCUCUCUCAACCUCUCUUACCUCCGUGAAGAAAAAAGAUGAAGAAAAGAAAACGUCACAGCUUACCUACCGGAGAUAUUCGGCGAUGGUUAUCGGAAAUCCAGAGAUGAAGAAGAUGAUGAACGUUGAAGAUGUAGAGAGUUUUGAAGAUGAUAACGGUUGGAGGAUGCUGAUCGAAGCAAAUGCUGAAGCAAAUGCUGAAGCAAGUAGAAGAAUAGGUUGCAGAGAUUUUUUGGAUAUUGAGAAGGCUUUGAAGAACGAGAAUUCAAGAAUCCUGAUUGAUAAAUCUGCUUGGUAUUUGGCAGCUGGCUUGGUUUUCGCAGUCGGCUUGGGCUUGGAAGCAGCAGGCUUGUUAUUUCUGAUUUUCUAUUUUCACGGAUAUACUGGUUUGCAAAGUGUUGGCAAGGGUUUUGGAAAUGUUUACUUUGUAGACUGGAUUACCUGGUAA